UAAUAGAGCUUCGGCAACCUUCGGUGUUUUCCGUUGGGGCCCGGCCGCCAUUUUCUCGCUCCCUCUCUUUACUCGCUAGCUGCGCGGCUCCCUGCCCUGGUCGCCAGCGCUUUGUCCUGUUCGGCGAUGGACGGCAUUGUUACUGAUGUUGCAGUUGGUGUGAAGAGAGGAUCUGACGAACUUCUUUCAGGCAGUGUACUCAAUAGCCCGAACUCUAAUAUGAGCAGCAUAGUAGUUACUGCCAAUGGUAACGACAACAAGAAAUUCAAGGGUGAAGAUAAAAUGGAUGGAGCUCCUUCUCGUGUUCUUCAUAUCAGGAAAUUACCAGGAGAAGUGACCGAAACAGAAGUUAUUGCUUUGGGCUUACCUUUUGGUAAGGUAACCAACAUUCUCAUGUUGAAAGGAAAAAACCAGGCUUUUUUAGAGCUGGCAACAGAAGAAGCUGCUAUCACUAUGGUAAAUUAUUAUUCUGCUGUGACACCUCAUCUUCGCAAUCAACCUAUAUAUAUUCAGUAUUCAAAUCAUAAAGAAUUAAAGACUGAUAAUACACUUAAUCAGCGAGCUCAAGCUGUCCUACAAGCAGUAACUGCUGUACAGACAACAAAUACUCCCAUAAGUGGAACUGCAGUUAGUGAGAGUGCAGUAACUCCAGCUCAGAGUCCAGUCCUUAGAAUAAUUAUUGACAACAUGUAUUACCCAGUAACUCUUGAUGUUCUUCACCAAGCAUUAGAUGGUCAGAAUAUUUAUAAUGCUUGCUGUACCUUGCGGAUUGAUUUUUCCAAAUUGGUCAACUUGAAUGUAAAGUAUAAUAAUGAUAAAAGUAGAGAUUACACUCGUCCUGACCUUCCAUCUGGUGAUGGUCAACCAGCUUUGGAUCCAGCUAUUGCUGCUGCAUUUGCAAAGGAGACUUCACUUCUAGGGCUUCCUGUUGCAGCUGUUCCAGGAGCGCUGAGUCCUUUGGGGAUUCCAAAUGCUGCGGCGGCAGCAGCGGCAGCAGCUGGCCGUGUGGGUAUGCCUGGAGUUUCAACUGGUGGCAAUACAGUCCUUUUGGUUAGCAAUUUAAAUGAAGAGAUGGUUACGCCCCAAAGUCUGUUUACCCUCUUCGGUGUUUAUGGGGAUGUACAACGAGUGAAGAUUUUAUACAAUAAGAAAGACAGUGCUCUUAUACAGAUGGCUGAUGGAAACCAGUCACAGCUUGCUAUGAGCCAUCUUAACGGGCAGAAAAUGUAUGGCAAGAUUAUUCGUGUUACUCUUUCCAAGCAUCAAACAGUUCAGCUACCUCGAGAAGGUCUCGAUGACCAAGGAUUAACAAAAGAUUUUGGCAAUUCACCUCUUCACCGUUUCAAGAAGCCUGGUUCAAAAAACUUUCAAAAUAUUUUUCCUCCCUCUGCAACUCUUCAUUUAUCUAAUAUUCCACCAUCAGUAUCAGAAGAUGACCUGCGCAUGUUGUUUGCUAAUACUGGAGGCACUGUGAAAGCAUUUAAAUUUUUUCAAAGAGAUCACAAGAUGGCCCUUCUUCAGAUGUCAACAGUAGAAGAAGCUAUCCAGGCUUUGAUUGAUCUGCAUAAUUACAAUCUUGGAGAAAAUCAUCAUCUGAGAGUUUCUUUUUCCAAAUCAACCAUUUGAAGUGAGAUAUCAAAAUAAUAAGGUUGUAUCACAUUGUUUAGUGUUGUCAUCUAUGACUGUUCGGGAAAGCGGGGACCAGAGAUGGACAUCUGUUUUUCAUGCUGUUAUCAUUCCUUGAUUGUUUAUGUAUAAAUAAAAUGAAAAAGGAUUUGCAAGGAAGAAGCAGUGAUAUUAUCUGCUGGUUUUGCAUAUGUUUAUGAAACCAUUUUGUUUAAAGGGGAUUCUGAGGAAAUCCCAUAGUUUUUCAACUUAGUUAACAUACGUGCCUUAAAGAAGGAAAACUUAGAGUUGCAUUUACUAGUUAAAAAUUUGGUUGUUUGGGGCACAUUAUAUGGGAAUUAAUAGGUGCAGUCCAGUGAACGUUAGGCGUGCAUUUAUUCCAUUGAAAUCAAAGAAUUAGAGCAUUGAUUUCAAGGGGAAUUUGUUGCACCUAACUUCAGCAGGAUUAUGCCAAAUAUGUAUUAGGCAAGAGUGUGUAAAAAGGGUUAAGCUUUUUUUUCUGUUUGGGAUUUAUCAGCUUUCCAUGAAACAUUUUUAAAGCAAAAUCAGUUGCUCUUCUUGAAGAGAAAUGCAGCGUAUUAUUCUUUCUCUCAAUAAAAAUGGCCUUUGUAUUUCAGAUUUAGUUUAGUUGAAAAUAUAGGCUUUAGUCAGAACUACAAAGAUGCAAAGAGUUAAUUUCUUUAAAAGUCUAAAAGUGAUUCUUCUGUUUUUUUGUUAGUUCCUGUGGCUCUUAGCCUCAGUGGAAAAAGAGUUGUAUAAAGUCUUAACCUUUUUGUAAACACACUCUGGGGCGAAUCAUAUAAAUGUUGGCACUAAGUAAUGUCUUGUUUGUGGCUGAAUAUUUUUUGUAGAUGUUUUUUGAAGUUGACAUAACUUACAUGCAUUUAAAUAUAUAUUGCCAUUUUUAGUUAGUAAUUACAAUUUGAAAUAUGGUUGUGGAUUUCUGAGCAUGUUCAGACUGGUCUAGCUAGUUCAGGAGUUGGUGCAUGUAUUUCAAGGAUGAAGAAAAUGUAUUGCAAACUUUUGCAGAAAGAUUAAUAAUUUUUGGCAGUUUUCUUUAUAAAAAAACAAAAACAAAACUGACAACCAGGUGGGACCAAAGUUUAUGUGCCUUUAGUCUUAAUUUACCUUGCAUUGUAAUAUUCAGUUUUAAUAAAUCUCUUCAAAAUAUUUUAUAUCUAGAAAUGGAUCUGCCUUUACUAUAAACAUGGCUCAGAAUCUACAGGAAAAAAAAAAUCAUUUGGAAACAGUUCCUCUAUCAAUCUGGGCUGUUUUACUGAUUCUGUUCAAAUGACCAAUACUUUUUGCAAUUGAUGUAUUUAGUUCCAAGAGUCAUAGAUUAUGUUAUCUAUGUAGAAAAAGGUCAUGUAUAUUUUCUAUUAGUUGAGUUUUUACAUCUUUAGAAAUGUAAUAUUUCAGUAUAGUUUGAAAGCGGCACAAUUAAA